AUGGGUGAGCCAGUGUGUGAGUUUUGCGGCGUGGCGAAGGCCGUCGUCUACUGCAAAUCCGACUCCGCCGCUCUCUGCCUCCAGUGCGACGGCUACAUCCACUCGGCCAACGCACUCUCCCGACGCCACGCCAGAUCCCUCCUCUGCGACACCUGCGCCUCCCGGGCCGCCGCCGUCCGGUGCCUCGACGGCGGCCUCUCCCUCUGCCACGCGUGCUCCGCGGCCUCCACCGCCGCCGCCGAUCGACGCCGUCGAGUUGAUUUGGGGAUCUACGACGGGUGCCCUUCACAGUCAGAUCUCUCCAAAUUGUGGCCGAUGGUGUUCGACGGCUGCGCUUCGGAGCUUGCGAUGAAUUCGGCAUUAUCUGUAUCGGGUGGUGGAGUGGCGUCGAACGUGAAAUUCGGGCCGUGGGCCGUUGUUCCGCCGGCGCCGCCUCUACAGCCGCCUCAGGUUUCGUUGUCGUGCGGUGGGAAUCAGAAGUUGUCGCGUGCAUUUGGCCGAGAUCAAUUGUCUUUCUUGUCCCAAGGCUCACCACUUGAACAGGACCUCGGGACUCGAGAAACCGAAGGUCUUCACGACAUGGAUGGGAUAGGCCUAAGCUUUGAGAGCAGUUACGACAUUUUCGGUAACAAUUUGACAAGUCACCCGAAUUCAAACCGUGAAGACGAAGGAAUUGCAAGCAUACUCUUGGAGAAUAACAUGUCGGUAUCGAAACCUAAUAGCACUCACAUCGAAAGUCCUUUAGAGGUAUCCUCAACUUUCCCACCUCCUAUAUUGAUGAAUCCGAGUGCUAGCCUUGGGUUCACGAGCGGUCAACUACAGUCUCCCCUGUCUCUUGCGAUAUCAAGCAUAACGGGCGAGAGUAAUGCAUCUGAAUAUCAAGAUUGUGGGCUCUCUCCUUUGUUCCUAACGGGCGAGUCUCCUUGGGACUCGAAUCUCGAGCCUUGUUGCCCACAGGCGAGACAUAAGGCCAAGAUGAGAUACAAUGAGAAGAAGAAAACGAGAACGUUCGGGAAACAAAUCCGGUAUGCUUCGCGUAAAGCAAGGGCUGAUUCAAGAAAGCGCAUCAAGGGUAGAUUCGUCAAAGCCGGUGAAUUUUUGGAGCAUGACGAGCCCGGUGGAUCGGGAACAAGGGAUUUCUAAGCCAAACCCGGCAUGCUAUUUUUUGCUCGUUUGUUCAAGCACUUUUUUUUUUUUUCCCCUUGUCAUAAAGGUACAAAUAUAGUCUUCUGAACAAAGACAUGAUUUUUUGCUUCACAGAGUUUGUAUUUUGUAUCUUUGUAUAUUUUUAUUUCAUUCGGUCGACAAGCAGACAUAAGAGAUGCCAGGCCUUUGAGAAUGGGCUGCUAACUUGUGUAAGAAGCUUGUCUGAUCUCAGGGAAUUGGAGCCGACAUACGGAGAGCUUCUUGUUACCCUCCUUGCAAACUGCUCAAUAUUUUNAAACAUUUU